UGCGUGGCCGAGAAAUCGCAAUAUACAUGGCCCCUGUUUUAGCGCGUUCCGUCGCAGCGUGCGAGUGACAAACAACCAACUUUUCAUAUUGGUUCUUCCAUUCCUGCGACCGAGCCAACUCACCGGCGGCGACCGACCGACAUGGGUUCGCUGCUGAUACCGUUGGUGAGCAGCGUCGCCGCCAAGGUCGGCGACACGCUGGUGCGCGAGCUUCUGCGCGCGUGGGGCCUGGACAAGGCCCGUCGGAAGCUGGAGCGGCACCUCGCGGCCAUCCAGUGCAUCCUGCUGGACGCCGACGCCAAGAGCCGCACCAACCCCGCCGUCUGCCGGUGGGUCAAGGACCUCAAGACUGCCGUCUACCACGCCGACGGCAUCCUCGACGACUUCCGCUACGAGGCGCUCCGCCGCCGUGCCGCUCAGAUCCGUCCCCACUCCACCGCACGCAAGGUGCUGAACUACUACACCUUCAAUAGUCCGGUUGUUUUCCACGUCUCCAUGGGCAAAAGGAUUAAGGAUUCCCUUGAAAUGAUAGAUGAAUUGGUUGUGGAGAUGAAUAAUUUCCACUUCCUACAACAUGCUGAGGUGCCAACCCUUGUUCAUCCGCAAACACACUCUCAUGUCGAUGAAUUGAAAAUUGUCGGUAGACAAGAUGAGAAGGAACAGGUGGUGAAGAUAUUGCUUGGCCACGCCCACAAUGAUGGAAAUAAUAAUAAUGUGAUGGUGCUACCAAUAGUUGGUAUGGGGGGAAUUGGUAAGACCACCCUUGCUCAACUUGUGCACAAUGAUCAGAGAGUGAUGCACCAUUUUGAGUUGGUCAUAUGGGUUUGUGUCUCUGACAAGUUCAUCAUCGAAGAAAUAAUACGGUCUAUAAUACAAGUGGCAUCGAAGGAGAAAUCUAAAUUUACCAAUAUAGAGGCACUGCGGAAGGAACUUACUGAAGUGUUGGGUAAUAAAAGGUACCUCCUAGUGUUGGAUGAUGUUUGGAACGAGGACAGACAAAAGUGGGAUGAUAUGAUAUCAUUGGUAUGCUCACAUGCUGGCUCGGGUAGUGCUAUAAUUGUGACAAGCCGCAGCAAUCAAGUUGCUUCUAUCACGGGCACACUUCCUCCACAUCACAUAUCACUUCUAGAUGAAGAUCAAUCAUGGGAGCUUUUUCAUAGAAACACAUUUGGAAGGGGAGUGGAAAAGCAAGAGGAAUUGAUUUUAGUGGCUAAGAAUAUUGUGAACAAGUGUAAGGGAUUACCUCUUGCUAUCAAGACCAUAGCAGCUUUACUUCAUUCAAAGCAUCACAGUCAAUGGUUUUCUGUUCUGGAUAGUGAUGUCUGGAAGGAUGAUAUCCUCACAACUACCGGAAUUGUACCUGCAUUACAGCUGAGCUAUGAUCACUUGUCAUCGGAAGAAAAAAUAUGUUUUUCUUUAUGUGCUAUUUUCCCCAAGGAUAGCUUGAUGGAUAAAGACAUGUUAAUUCAUUUGUGGAUGGCAAAUGAAUUUAUUGCGUCAGAAACAAGAGGCCAACAAAUUUUUGAUGUGCUAGUUUGGAGAUGUUUCCUCCAAGAUUUGAAUAUUCAAAAGACUUUGCUCUCUAGUUUUGAUGAGUUCAUCCACAGACCAACCACUUGCAAGAUGCAUGAUCUCAUGCAUGAUCUUGCUGACUUGGUAAGCGGAAAGGCUUGCAUAGCUUGGCAAGUAUAUGUGUUGGUAAUGAUGAUAUAGACAACGGGGAAUCCUUUAUUUCUCCACCACCCUUCUUUCCUAAAUUGGAAACCAUGAUAGUUGCCGACAUGCCCAAGCUACAGAGAUGGCACCAGGAAGAGGCAGGACAUGUAGCAGUCGUAUCGUUCCC